CCGGAACGUCACAGUGUGACAUCUGGCGGAAGUAAACAGCACUAGCAGCGAUAGCUUUGUAGAUGAAUGGGGUUAGUUGAAAACGGUUGUCUUUUUUUAUCGUAGAUGUAUAUUUAGUCUGUAACAAAUCAACAAUGUCUUCAGUUCAGUAUCUGAGAGAGUUCGUCACCGAGCGACUAACUGCUGCUGCUGAGGAAAUAUUCGGAGUCUUUGAAAAAAUUAUCUAUGAGGAAGAGAUCGAUCGUCAGCGCAGACUGCUGGAUAUCGUUUGGAAACCAGAAGUAAAGCUACACAGAAUAGAGCUGCCACAGCAACAUUUCUGUCAGGAGGAGGAGGAGGUUCUGGCUGGCCAGCAGCUCUGGAACCAGGAGAGGAACUCCAGGCUGGACCAAGAGGACCCAGAGCCUCGACAGAUUAAAGAGGAACAGGAGGAACUCUGCAGCCGUCAGGAGGGAGAGCAGCUUGAACUGAAGCAGGAGACCGAUCCCUUUAUGUUGACUCCUACUUAUGAGGAAAGGGACCACGGUGAAGCAGAACCAACCAGUGACCAGCAGCUCCUCUGUCACAGCUCUGCUGUAGCUGAGAGCCAGGAUCAGGAAGGAAGCCAGCAUGGAGACUCAGGAUCAGCUAGUAAUGCAGAGCCAAAGCCAAAGAGAAGAUGUCACAAAGACACAACUCACAGUAGCAGUGUGAACACAUCUCCUGUGUCAGAGACUCACUCUGAUCCUCCCACAUAUAGAAAGUCUUUAAAGUGUGACACUUGUGGAAAAACGUUUAGGUACAAGUCCAAUUUUAAUAGACAUCUUAGAAGUCACACAAUGGAGAAUCAGUAUUGUUGUGAAAUGUGUAAGAAAAUUUUCAGAUAUAACAGUGUCUUUUUGAUCCACAUGAGGACCCACACGGAUGAGAGGCCGUAUGUUUGCCAUACCUGUGGGAAAGGAUUCAAACUGUUAGCACAUUUGGAUGGUCAUUUACGAACCCACACAGGUGAGAGGCCAUAUGUUUGCAUGACCUGUGGGAAAGGGUUUAAGCAGUCAUCAGCUUUGAAGGUGCAUUUAAGAAUUCACACAGGUGAGAGGCCUUAUUCUUGUAAAACAUGUGGGAAGAGUUUCAGAACCAGCAGUGGCCUUUUCAUCCACAUGCGAACCCACACAGGAGAGAGGCCAUAUUUUUGUAAAACUGGGGAAAACGUUCACACUAAAGAGUAGCUUGUCGAUUCACCUAAGAACCCACACAAGUGAGAGUCCAUAUUCUAUAAAAUGUGGGGGACGUGACAGUCCAUACAGUUGAAAAGCCAAAUUCCUGCAGCACCUGUUGGAAAGGAUUCUGCACAACGAUGCACUUGAAAAAACACAAGUGUUUGCUUUUGACUGACAUGAAGUUACCAGUAACACCACAGCAGUUCAGAUUAUAACUCCAGGGAACCCUUUCUACCUCCACUAUCUAGCAGUUCGCUGAAAUGUGCAUUGUGAUGGAGUAAUAUUUGUAAUUACAUAAUCAGCAAUGUCUUAAGUUGAAACAUGAUGAGCUUCACAGUAUGAAAUGUUUACUGUUGGUGUCUUAAUUCAGUUGGUAUAAUUAGGUUGUAUUAACUUAGAUGUGUUUACAUAAGAUCACUGUAAAUGUAGAGCUUUUAAUGUAACCAAUUAUUGUUUAAUAUUCCUUGAUAAUUUCAGUAAAAUAAAAACUUUAUUCACUACCAACUCCUGUGUUCUAGAUAAAGACAUUAUUAUCCAUUUAUCAGAUAGUCUGAGAAUCAUUUGUGCUUGAAUAGGAGAUGUUCACUUGCGUGUAUGUGUACGCCAUGAUUCAGCCAUUUCUCUACUAGAAAUUAUGACAUGUUUUUUUUCACUGUGUUGUUUAUGUCAAGUUCUGGUGAGACCAAUUGGUCUCAUAUAGUAGUUAGACUUCUAGUUGGAUUCCUUAAUAUUUUGAUAAAGUUAAAGUCAAUAUUCCCUCUUGGUCUCUCUGGGUGUGGCUGACCCAAGAGUGUCAGAUCUGCAGCCAACCCCCGCAGGUUGCUGCCUUUUAAAACUGGACAACUCAAGUUUCAGAUUUCGUUUCUUCGUGCCCUUUUUGAUCCUGUGGUGCCUCCUUUGUUUACUUUUAUGGGUCCGGACCCUCGUCUUUUGUCUGCCUCCAAGACCAGCCAGAUGUCAUAUAGACAGAUUCAUACUAAGUCUCAUUGUCCAGUCGUCCACAAGUUUUCCUCUAUUUGCAGUUAAUAACUUUCUUCUUCAUUGGUCCUAAAUCAGUCAUUUCCUCUCACCACAACUUUAUCAAGUUAAACUUACCAGGUUAAAUCAGUCCAGACUGUUCUGUAUGUCAGCCAUUUUCAAUCUUUGUUCUAUCACA